CAGCAGAAUCAACUCCGUUGCCUUCUAUUGAAGACCGUCUGGCCAUCCUCUGCCCUUCUCAGGAGCUUCUGGAAUAUUUUCAAAAGAAGAUGGCUGAGUGUGAGACAGAAAAUGAGGACCUAUUGAAGAAAUUGGAAUUAUAUAAAAACGCUUGUGAAGGACAGCAUAAAUUAGAAUGGGAUUUGCAGCAGAAAGAGGAAGAGAUUGCUGAAUUGCAGAAAGCUCUAAGUGAUAUGCAAAUCUGCCUUUUCCAGGAACGAGAACAUGUUUUACGCCUCUACUCAGAAAAUGACCGGUUGAGAAUCAGGGAAGUAGAAGACAAGAAAAAGAUUCAAAGUCUCUUGGCUCUUGUGGGAACAGACACUGGAGAAGUGACCUAUUUUUAUAAGGAGCCUCCUCACAAAGUUACCAUUCCCCAAAAGACUAUCCAGACUGUAAAUAUACGUGAUCAUAGUGAAUAUUCAACUUUAAAAGCAGAUUCUAAAAUAAACAAAAGAAGACCAGCAAUGAGAGAGAAGGAAGAAAGUCCUGAACAAUACCAAAGAUAUAUAGAGACACUUAUCCUACAAGUGGAAGCACUGCAGGCGCAGCUGGAAGAACAGACCAAGCUUUCGAGAGAACAGGUUGAAGGACUCAUGGAAGAUAGGCGGAUUUGCAUUGAGGAAAUACAAGUUCAACACCAGAGAAAUCAGGAGAAAAUCAAAGAGCUGACCAAAAAUCUCCAUCACACCCAAGAACUACUCUAUGAGAGCACCAAAGACUUUUUGCAACUCAAAUUUGAAAACCAACAUAAAGAGAAGUCAUGGAUGCUUGAAAAGGAUUGUUUGAUGUCAAAGAUUAAGCAAUACAGGCUGCAGUGUAAGAAGAAAGAAGAUAAAACUGGAAAAGUUUGGCCAGUUGUACACCAGAGUCAUCAUAAUCAAAAUGACUAUAUUAAGACCCUGAAGGAUAAAUUAACACAAGAAAAAAAACUUUCCAACAUGUACCAAGAGCAGUGCAUUUCCCUAGAAGAAGAACUUGCCCGAAUUCGAGAGGAAGAAAGUGUGAGGAGAGAGAUCUUCAAGGAUCGCACUAACAAGAUGGGGAAGCGUUUACAGGUGAUGACAAAACGGUACGAAGCUUUGGAGAAUCGACGUAUCUUGGAAGUAGAAGGCUUUAAGACAGAUAUUAAGACUCUCCGGCAGAAACUUAAAGACUUAGAGCAAAUGCUAUAUAAGACAACACUUAAUGCCCGAACAGACCAGGACCUUGCCAUUCUUUGUGAGGUCCGUGACAGCAAUAGACGGGCACAUAAGAUACAAGGAGAACUGAAGAACCUUAAGUCCAAAUUGUUUGGUUUGGAAAAUGAACUUAGACUCUGUUGAUGUCUGCUUUGGGAAAUGGCUCCGCCUGGAAGAGUGCUGCUUCCUGAAGCCUGAGGAAAAGGUCAUCUUCUCCCCCUGAAAUUGU